GCGCGCGGUUCCGCAGGUGGCAGCUAUGGUCCAGUCCUGAGCGCCCCGCCAUGGCCGGCGCCCCCAGCCUACUGCGCCUGGCGCUCCUGCUGCUCGGGGCGGUGGGCAGGGCCGGUCCCCGCCCCCAGGGCGCCACUGUGUCCCUCUCGGAGACAGUGCAGAAAUGGCGGGAGUACCGACGCCAGUGCCAGCGAUUCCUCACUGAAGCACCACCUCUGGCCACAGGCCUCUUCUGCAACCGAACCUUUGAUGACUAUGCCUGCUGGCCAGACGGGCCCCCAGGGUCCUUUGUGAAUGUCAGCUGCCCCUGGUACCUGCCCUGGGCCAGCAGUGUGCUUCAGGGCCAUGUGUACCGGUUCUGCACAGCUGAGGGUCUCUGGCUACACAAGGACAACUCCAGCCUGCCCUGGAGGGACCUGUCGGAGUGUGAGGAGUCCAAGCGAGGGGAGAGAAACUCCCCCGAGGAACAGCUACUGUCGCUGUACAUUAUCUACACUGUGGGAUACGCACUUUCCUUCUCCGCCUUGGUCAUCGCCUCAGCCAUCCUUGCUGGCUUCAGACACUUGCACUGCACCCGGAACUACAUCCACCUGAACCUGUUUGCAUCCUUUAUCCUCCGCGCGCUGUCCGUCUUCAUCAAGGACGCCGCCCUCAAGUGGAUGUACAGCACGGCUGCCCAGCAGCACCAGUGGGAUGGGCUCCUCUCUUACCAGGACUCUCUAAGCUGCCGACUGGUGUUCCUCCUCAUGCAAUACUGCGUGGCGGCCAAUUACUACUGGCUGCUGGUGGAGGGCGUGUACCUCUACACGCUGCUGGCCUUCUCCGUGUUCUCGGAGCAGUGUGUCUUCAAGCUGUACCUGAGCAUAGGCUGGGGUGUUCCUUUGCUGUUUGUCAUCCCCUGGGGCGUUGUCAAAUACCUGUAUGAGGAUGAGGGCUGCUGGACCAGAAACUCCAACAUGAACUACUGGCUCAUCAUUCGACUGCCCAUUCUCUUUGCUAUUGGGGUCAACUUUCUCAUCUUCAUCCGGGUCAUCUGCAUUGUGGUAUCCAAACUGAAGGCUAAUCUCAUGUGCAAGACUGACAUCAAAUGCAGACUUGCCAAGUCCACCCUGACGCUCAUCCCCCUCCUGGGGACCCAUGAGGUCAUCUUUGCCUUUGUGAUGGAUGAACACGCCCGAGGAACCCUACGCUUCAUCAAACUGUUCACAGAACUCUCCUUCACUUCCUUCCAGGGCCUGAUGGUAGCCAUCUUGUACUGCUUUGUCAACAAUGAGGUCCAGAUGGAGUUUCGGAAGAGCUGGGAGCGCUGGAGGCUGGAGCACUUGAGCAUCCAGAGGGACAGUAGCAUGAAACCCCUCAAGUGUCCCACCAGCAGCGUCAGCAGCGGGGCCACCGUGGGCAGCAGCGUAUAUGCGGCCACCUGCCAGACUUCCUGCAGCUGAGCCCCAGUGCUGCGCCUUCCUGUGGUCCUUGCUGCUGGCUAGGUGUCCAUCCCAGGUGGGAGAGACCCUCCCAGGGACAGGGAUGGGGAGGGAUACAGGCACACACACACACACACACACACACACACACACACACACACACACACACCUUGCUUUCCCUUCUCCAAACCUCUCAGACAGGCAAGUGGACAGUGCCUCCCGGGACUGUAGACACAUGUUCUCCAAGGAGAACAGCCUGCUAAUUUAAUCACCCUGGCAGGAAGAGAGGAAGAAACGAUUGCUGCUAAAACAAGGAGGACUCCUUCCUGUUAAAGCCACAAGACCCUUGGGGUUCCCUCGGACAGAACAGCAAAUCAGCCCCGGACUCCUACUCAAGGGCACUUGCUGGUUAGUGGGGUUGGGACUUGAGAGAGGAGCGCUCCCACAAGAGACCCACGGUUCUAACCUCGGCCAACACAGAGCUUGGCAAGGUGAGCGGCUGCUGCUUUUUGUCUGCCUGGGGUUGCCACCUACGUCAGCCUCCUCGUGAAAGAAGAGAGGCUUGCUCCAUGCUCCUGGGUUGCUGGCAUUCCCUCGUCCACCUGUUCGUCUCACCAUCCA